AUGGGCUUCACUCUGCAUUCUGUCUACUUCACCUUGAAGGUGAGUUUGCUGCUGGGCUCCUUGCUGGGUCUCUGUUUGGGUUUGGAGUUCAUGGGCAUCCCCAACCAGUGGGCCCGCUACCUCCGCUGGGAUGCCAGCACAAGGAGCGAACUCAGCUUCCAGUUCAAGACCAAUGUCUCUGCUGGGCUGCUUCUCUAUUUUGAUGACGGUGGUGUCUGUGACUUCCUCUGUGUGUCCCUGGUUGAUGGGCGCAUCCAGCUGCAGUUCAGUGUGGACUGUGCGGAGACGACAGUCACCACAGACAAGCAGGUGAAUGACAGCAGCUGGCACUUCCUGAUGGUCAGCCGCAAUCACCUUCGGACUGUGCUCGUGCUGGACGGUGAGGCCAAGCCGGGCGAGGUGCGUCCGCAGCGCCAGUAUAUGAAUAUCGUCAGUGACCUUUUCAUUGGUGGCGUCCCGCUGGACAUUCGUCCUGCUGCCUUGACUCUUGAUGGUGUUCUGAGUGAGCCUCCGUUUCAAGGAUUUAUCCUGGAUCUUAAAUAUGGCAAUUCUGAGCCGCAGCUCCUGGGCAGUCAAGGGGUUCGACUGGAAAUGGAAGGACUUUGCUCAGAAAACCCCUGUGAAAAUGGUGGCACUUGCUUCCUUCUGGAUGGCGAGCCACACUGUGACUGCUCAGCCACUGGAUAUGCUGGCAAGCUGUGUUCUGAAGAUGUCAAUCAUAUUCCAGGCCUCUCACACCUGAUGAUGGGUGAACAAGGUAGAAGUAAAGCGCGAGAUGAGAACAUGGCCACGUUCCGUGGCUCCGAAUACCUUUGCUAUGACCUGUCGCAAAACCCCAUCCAGAGCAGCAGCGAUGAGAUCACGCUCUCCUUCAAGACAUGGCAACGCAACGGGCUCAUUCUGCACACGGGCAAGUCAGCUGACUACGUCAACCUGGCCCUGAAAGACGGUGCGGUCUCCUUGGUCAUCAACCUGGGGUCUGGGGCCUUUGAGGCCAUUGUGGAGCCGGUCAAUGGCAAGUUCAAUGACAACGCGUGGCACGACGUUAAGGUGACACGCAACCUGCGGCAGCACUCAGGCAUUGGACACGCUAUGGUAAACAAACUACAUUGUCUGGUGACAAUCUCUGUGGAUGGCAUCCUUACCACCACGGGCUACACACAAGAGGAUUACACCAUGCUGGGCUCAGAUGACUUCUUUUACGUGGGAGGGAGCCCCAGUACUGCUGAUUUACCUGGGUCUCCAGUAAGCAAUAACUUCAUGGGCUGCCUCAAAGAGGUUGUUUAUAAGAAUAACGACAUUCGUCUGGAGCUGUCUCGCUUGGCACGGAUUGGUGAUACUAAGAUGAAGAUCUAUGGUGAAGUGAAAUUCAUAUGUGAAAAUGUGGCUACACUGGAUCCCAUCAGCUUCGAGACACCUGAGGCCUAUAUUAGUCUGCCUAAAUGGAAUACCAAGAGGAUGGGCUCCAUCUCAUUUGAUUUUCGAACCACUGAACCCAAUGGACUGAUCCUUUUCACCCACGGCAAACCUCAGGAGAGGAAAGAUACCAGAAGCCAGAAAAAUACAAAGGUAGACUUCUUUGCGGUUGAGCUUCUAGAUGGAAACCUCUACUUGCUGCUGGACAUGGGGUCUGGGACCAUUAAAGUCAAGGCCACCCAGAAGAAAGCCAAUGAUGGAGAGUGGUAUCAUGUGGAUAUUCAACGAGAUGGAAGAUCGGGUACUAUAUCAGUGAACAGCCGACGCACCCCGUUCACCGCUAGCGGGGAGAGUGAGAUCCUGGAUCUGGAAGGUGACAUGUACCUGGGUGGGCUGCCAGAGAACCGGGCAGGGCUCAUCCUUCCCACAGAGCUCUGGACAGCAAUGCUGAACUAUGGCUAUGUCGGCUGUAUCCGAGACUUGUUCAUCGACGGACGGAGCAAGAACAUCCGGCAGCUGGCAGAAGCGCAGAAUGCCGCCGGAGUCAAGUCCUCCUGCUCCCGCCUCAGCACCAAGCAGUGUGACAGCUACCCCUGUAAGAACAAUGCAGUCUGCAAGGAUGGCUGGAACCGCUUCAUUUGUGACUGCACUGGCACCGGCUACUGGGGUAGAACAUGUGAGCGAGAGGCCUCUAUCUUGAGCUAUGAUGGCAGCAUGUACAUGAAGGUCAUCAUGCCCAUGGUUAUGCACACAGAAGCAGAAGAUGUGUCCUUCCGUUUCAUGUCCCAGCGUGCUUACGGGCUGUUGAUGGCAACCACCUCCCGAGACUCUGCUGACACCCUGCGCCUGGAGCUGGAUGGAGGCCGCGUCAAACUUAUGGUCAAUUUAGACUGUAUCAGGAUAAACUGUAACGCCAGCAAAGGACCUGAAACUCUUUAUGCUGGGCAGAAACUCAAUGACAACGAGUGGCACACUGUCCGGGUGGUGCGGCGAGGAAAGAGCCUCAAGCUGAUCGUGGAUGAUGAUGUUGCUGAGGGCACAAUGGUUGGUGAUCAUACCCGCUUGGAGUUCCACAACAUCGAGACAGGGAUCAUGACGGAGAAGCGGUACAUCUCCGUCAUCCCCUCCAGCUUCAUUGGCCAUCUGCAGAGCCUCAUGUUCAACGGGAUGCUCUACAUUGACCUGUGCAAGAACGGGGACAUUGAUUACUGCGAGCUGAAGGCACGCUUUGGGCUCCGCAACAUUAUAGCUGACCCUGUGACAUUCAAGACUAAGAGCAGCUACUUGAGCUUGGCCACCUUGCAGGCUUAUACAUCCAUGCACCUCUUCUUUCAGUUCAAGACCACCUCAGCUGAUGGUUUCAUCCUCUUUAACAGUGGUGAUGGCAAUGACUUUAUUGCAGUUGAACUAGUCAAGGGGUAUAUACACUAUGUGUUUGACCUUGGAAAUGGACCUAAUGUUAUCAAAGGCAACAGUGAUCGUCCUCUGAAUGACAACCAAUGGCACAAUGUUGUCAUUACCAGAGAUAACAGUAACACACACAGCUUAAAAGUGGACACGAAGGUGGUCACUCAGGUUAUCAACGGUGCCAAAAAUCUGGAUCUUAAAGGUGAUCUCUACAUUGCUGGCCUAGCUCAAGGCAUGUAUAGCAACCUCCCGAAGCUUGUGGCCUCGCGUGAUGGAUUUCAGGGCUGUCUCGCAUCUGUAGACCUGAAUGGGCGUCUGCCUGACCUUAUCAAUGAUGCUCUGCACCGCAGUGGGCAGAUUGAGCGUGGAUGUGAAGGACCAAGCACUACCUGCCAGGAAGAUUCCUGUGCGAAUCAGGGCAUCUGUAAUCAGCAAUGGGAAGGCUUCACCUGUGAUUGCUCCAUGACUUCAUAUUCUGGGAGCCAGUGUAAUGAUCCUGGUGCCACAUAUAUCUUUGGGAAGAGUGGAGGUCUCAUCCUUUACACCUGGCCAGCUAAUGACAGACCAAGCACAAGGACAGACCGUCUUGCUGUGGGUUUCAGCACAACGGUGAAGGAUGGCAUCCUCGUCCGGAUUGACAGUGCCCCUGGGCUUGGUGAUUUUCUGCAGCUGCACAUAGAGCAAGGCAAGAUUGGUGUAGUCUUCAAUAUUGGCACAGUGGACAUCUCUAUUAAAGAGGAAAGCACGCCUGUAAAUGAUGGCAAAUACCAUGUAGUACGCUUUACCAGGAAUGGUGGCAAUGCAACACUGCAGGUUGACAGCUGGCCAGUGAAUGAACACUACCCCACAGGCAACACAGAUAGUGAACGGUUCCAAAUGGUAAAACAGAAAAUCCCCUUCAAAUAUAACCGACCUGUAGAGGAGUGGCUGCAGGAAAAAGGACGACAGUUAACGAUCUUCAACACCCAGGCGCAAAUAGCCAUAGGAGGGAAGGACAGAGGCCGUCUCUUCCAAGGCCAGCUCUCCGGGCUCUAUUACAAUGGCCUGAAAGUGCUGAACAUGGCAGCAGAGAACAACCCCAACAUAAAAAUCAAUGGAAGCGUCCGACUUGUUGGGGAAGUCCCUUCCAUCUUGGGAACAACACCCACAACAUCGGUGCCACCGGAAAUGUCGACUACAGUCAUGGAAACCACAACCACAAUGGCGACCACUACCACCCGAAAAAAUCGUUCACCGCCCAGCAUCCAGACAACAGAUGAUAUCGUUUCAUCUGCUGAAUGUUCCAGUGAUGAUGAAGAUUUCAUUGACUGUGAGCCCAGUACAGGUAAGUCAGGAGGUGAAUUAGUUAUCCCUCUACUUGUAGAAGACCCUUUAGAUAUCCCUCCUAUUGCUACUCGUGCACCUUUCAUUACACUUCCCCCUACCUUUCGCCCCCUCCUCACCAUUAUUGAGACCACCAAAGAUUCCCUGUCCAUGACCUCUGAGGCGGGGUUACCUUGCUUGUCGGACCAAGGCAGCGAUGGUUGUGAUGAUGAUGGCUUGGUGAUAUCUGGGUAUGGCUCAGGGGAAACCUUUGACUCUAACCUACCCCCUACUGAUGAUGAAGAUUUUUACACCACCUUCUCCUUGGUAACAGAUAAGAGUCUUUCCACUUCAAUCUUCGAAGGUGGCUACAAAGCACACGCACCCAAGUGGGAAUCCAAGGACUUUAGACCUAACAAAGUCUCCGAAACUGGUAGGACUACUACCACGUCUUUGUCCCCUGAGCUGAUCCGCUCCACAGCUUCGUCCUCGACUGUGAUGAUUCCCAAAUUGCCAGCUGGCAAAAUGAAUAACCGUGAGCUCAAACCCCAGCCUGACAUAGUCUUGCUUCCGUUGCCCACUGCCUAUGAGCUAGACAGCACAAAGCUGAAGAGCCCGCUAAUCACUUCCCCCAUGUUCCGUAAUGUGCCCACAGCAAACCCCACGGAGCCGGGAAUCAGACGGGUUCCGGGGGCCUCAGAGGUGGUCCGUGAGUCGAGCAGCACAACGGGGAUGGUCGUCGGCAUUGUGGCUGCUGCCGCCCUCUGCAUCCUCAUCCUCCUGUACGCCAUGUACAAGUACAGGAACAGGGACGAGGGGUCCUAUCAGGUGGACGAGACGCGGAACUACAUCAGCAACUCAGCCCAGAGCAACGGCACGCUCGUGAAAGAGAAGCAGCAGAGCUCAAAGAGCGGCCACAAGAAGCAGAAAAACAAGGACAAAGAGUAUUAUGUGUAAAAAAAGAAUAAUUAUUUAUAUAUAAAUAUAGAAAUACUUAAUGAGAUUUAACUGAGAUAUCAGAACCAUUGCAGCGAACGAGAUGAUUGGGAGAUAUCGUUUGUGGGAAAAAGUAUUGGGAAAAAAUUUCAGCAGUGACUGUUAAUGUCUAAGUCAUCACUUGGAGUCAGCAAACUUUACCCUAAUGUAUUAUAAAGCACACUUAGCGUUCUGGAGAUGGCGCACACAGCUCUGCUCUGUUAGUGAACUUGGACAUCUCCAAAUCUCCUCCUCCGCUGAACUUUCUGCAAAGGUAGAAGACUUCAUGGCUUACUUGUUUCAUAUCUCCAAGUGAGUCUUUAACAAUGUUCGUGAUCCCUGACUGUACCAAUAAUUUUUCAGUUUA